AUGUCUUUGAAGUCUUUUCUUGUUUCGACGCUUCUUGCAGCGACCGCCGUCGCGACGGAGUAUUCUUGGGGAGGAGGUGGCGAAAGCAGCUGGAGCUCCGAUGAAUAUGCUGGCUGGGGCGCUGUGGCAUCCUGCCCGGCGGGUUGCCAACCGAUCGCGACUAAAAGCGCCCCACCCCCAGCCGCUACUGGCGGCGGCGAGCUGAUUGUGCAAGUGGUGUCUGUUGCCGACGCAAAUGGCUCUUUGAAGUACUUCCCCAACAAGGUCAGCGCACCAGUCGGCUCGAUUGUGCAAUUCCAAUUUCACCCGAAGAAUCACACGAUCACGGAAUCCAGCUUUGCAGAACCUUGUAAGCCACUCGCAAGCAACCUGACCACACCAACUCGUCCGGGUUUGAAGUCCGGCUUCGUCCCUGUGACGGGCAAGGAGGAGUUCACACCCGUUUUUAACGUGCUGAUCAACGAUACGAAACCCAUCUGGAUCUACUGCGGACAGACCAACCAUUGCCAGAAAGGUAUGGCCAUGGUCAUCAACCAGAACGAUUCGAGCCCCAACACGAUUGAUGCAUACAUUGCCAAUGCUGCGAAACUGCCUCUCGUGGACGUUCCGACACCACCUGCGACAAGCAGUGUCGAGACAGUUUCGUCUGAGACCUACACUUUUGGUGGCGGCGGGUUUGGCAGUGGCUACGCCAGCUCCGUCUACUCUAGUUACUCCAGUUACUCCAGCUACACUAGCUCAGUUGUUGAGAGUGUUGCUGAGACGACUGCUGAGAGUUCCACUGUCGCCUCUGCUCCACCAGUUGAGACCGUUGCGCCGCCUUCGACCAGCACCGCUGCCGUCCAGCCCGCAACGUUCACCGGUGCCGCAGCACCUGGCUACCGGGUUCCCGAGUCUGUUGUCGGUGUCGUGUUGGGUGCGCUGUUGGCUCUGUGGUAA